CACACACACAAACACACACACACACACACACACACACAGUCAUACAGACACACAACACUCUGUGUUAUCUUCCACCUCUCAGCGCUUUGCAUUUUUACCUGCAGUGGACAUCACGCACUGUCACCCAUCCACGCGCACCCCCCUCCUUCCCCCAAUUCCCCCUCUCGCGCGCGCACGCACGCACGCACGCACGCAGCAGCAGCAGCACCACCGAGGGAGCGAUCAAUACACUAAAAGCCCGGAGAGGAUUUUUGUACCGGAGCGGAAAGAAAAGACGCGUCGCGCGGGAGCUGGGAGAACUGGGAGGACCGGAGGACAAACAGCAGGAAUAAUGAAGCUCGGCCGCCAUGUCUAAAGCGACGGUGAAGAAGCUGCACUGGCGCUCCAAGGUGCAGGAGAGCUUCGUGCCGCUGGGCGGCGGCUCCGGGGAGCUGGGGCUCGCCAUCGGGGGCGGGGCCGACUACGGCGAGUUUCCGUUCGUCACAGCGGCCCACGGGGGCGGAGCCACGGUCGGCGACAUCAUCCUCGAGAUCGGGGGGACACCCGUGUUAGGGAUGACCCUCGGUGAUGUCAGAGGAGUCCUCAACUCCUGUCCUCAUCCAAUCAGAAUCAAGACCGUCUCGCCGGGUUCGUCCCUCUGUAAGGACCUCAGGUUGUACCUCAGUAAAUGUUUUACUCCGGGCUCCAUGGACAGUCAGCUGCAGCAGCUCAUCAGAGAGAACCUGUACCUCCGAGCUGUACCCUGUACGACCAGGCAGCCUCGGGACGGGGAGAUCACGGGCGUGGACUACAACUUUGUGUCCAUCGAGGAGUUUUUCUCUCUGGAGGAGUCUGGAGCUCUGCUGGAGAGCGGCAAGUUCAAAGGGAACUACUACGGGACGCCCCGCCCAGUCCACAUCGGUCCGGAGAGUCCACCAAUCACAUACCAGGAACAUCGAAACCUGCUGAGGAACUUCAGGACGAGAAGCAAAUCUCUGAGCAACCUGGAGAAAGCUGUGGAGGAAGGAGACAACAGUGAGGAGGACAGCGGACUGUCGGCAGGAUCUGCCGGAGUCCCGCCCACCACCCUGCCUCUCAGCCAAUCGUGGGAGUCGGCUGUGGGGAGUCGGGAGGGAAUGGAGAACGGAGGAGGAAGAGGAGUAGGGAGAGGAGGAGGAGGAGGAGGAGGAGGAGGACCGCUGCCUGAAAACUGGGAGCUGGCGUUCAGCGAUUCAGGAGAGCCGUACUACAUCGAUCAUAACUCAAAGACGACCAGCUGGCUGGAUCCUCGAACUCUUAACAAAGAGACGACUCCCUUUACAGAACUGCCAGAGUUCACGGAGCAGCCCAGUCAGCUGAAGGGUUACUCCAUCCACACCCGGCUCUCCAAAGGCCCUCGAGGUUUCGGCUUCAACAUCGUGGGAGGAAGUCGAGCCCGAGAGUUUCUGCAGGUGUACAGUGUCACACCUGGAGGACCGCCAGCACUCACCACAGCGGACAUCCUGGUCUACAUCAACGACAGCUGUGUGUUGGGUCGCUCCCAUAAAGAGGUGGUGGAGAUGCUGAAGUCGGUGCCGAUGGGUCAGAGUGUGGACGUGGUGCUGAGGAGAGGCUACCCGAUGCUUUAUAACCCUGAUGGAUGUCCCAAACAGAGCCUGGAGACGCAGCCACAGACUCCCAGCGAGCCUCCAAACCCCCCCAAUGUGAACCGCGGCCUGACGCACCUCACCUACAGCCGGACGCCGGACGCCAACGGCAGCACGCCAGUAGUGGGCCAAACCCCGCCCUCCUACGCUGCUCCGCCAAUGACGAACGGGCUGAUAGGCCCGCCGACCCCCACUUCCUCUGACCCCCCCCUGGGUCCACCCCCCCUUCCAGAGAGGACAGCAGCCAUUAAUCACAGUGACUCUGAUGGCGUACUGUCCAACGCUGGAACACGAAGAUCUUCUCUGAUUCGCUUCAACAGCAGCACUCUCCCCGCCUUCUCUUCCUCCUCCCUCCUCCACCAUCAGAGCUCCAAGUCUUCAGAGAGUGACCUGUCUACGUCAACGCUCCCAAUCUCCUCCUCCACGCUCCCCAUCUCGUCCUCGUCCUCCCACACUCUGUCCAAACUGCCCCUCUCUCUGCCAGAGACCGGCCUGCUCCAAAACUCCACCAGCCCCAGUACCGCUAACAACCCCACCUCCUCCACACCUCCUGGGGCUCCUGUGCAACGCCCACCAAUGCCCCAGACUUCCCUCGCCCUGACUCCACCCAAAGACGUCCCACCCUGCGGCUUUAAUGGCUGUCCAGCCAAUCACCAAGCACCCUCCCCACCAUCCCAAAGAAACUCUGGGCUGGUGCUCCCCCUCGGGGCAGGGUCGCCCGGCUCAGCUCGGAGUGGGGAGCUUGUACCGGUGGCCCUCGGGCGAAGUGAGAGUGGGGGGCUUGGGUUCAGCGUAAUGGCCGGGGGGCAAGGAGGUCAGCUGGCAGUGGUGAGGCGGGUCUGGGAUCGAAGGCACUGCCCCUCGCUGCAGCCGGGGGACGCUAUAGUGAAGAUCAACGGGGCGGACGUACAGAGCCUCAGCUUCUCCCAGGUCCAGAGAGUCCUGCAAGAACACACCAACCAGGGAGAGGUGGUACUACUGGUCUACAGAGGAGGUCCGAUGUCUUCCCCAGUCGUCACCCCUAACCUCUACAAGCCCCUUCCCUCCCCACACGGCCUGGCCACCCCUUCUUCCUCCCACCCCUCGACUUCAGCCGACUUGCCUUCCCCGUCCACGUGUGCCUUGGUCCCCCCACUCAGCCAGGCUGGCGUGGUCCUGGAGAGUCCCCAGGAGGGGCACCUACCAGCAGCAGGGACCCACCAAGGGGCCCCUCCCGCCCAGACGCCAAACGGGCCCCCAGCCUCGGCCCUCAUCCAGAGCACCAGCUUCCUGGACUCGGUUCCUGUGACGCUGACCUUGGAGCCACGUGAUCUGCUGGGAGUGGAGGAGAGCGCCGGGGGCCCUCCUCCCACCAGAGGGGGGGGCGCCCUGGGAGCCACAGCCAAGGAUGGGAGAGGAGGAGUAAAGACAGUGGAAGUGGAGCUGAGGAGAAGGUCGGGAGAAGGAUUUGGAUUCGUCAUCGCCUCUCAGGAAGUGACCAACGGGGCCCCCUCCCUGAUGUCUCACCGGUUUGUGACGGUGCGCCGUGGUAGCCCUGCGGCCCGUAGCGGGCAGAUCCAACCCGGUGACCAGCUGGAGGCGGUGGAGGGCCGGCCGGUCGCAGGUCUGCAGCAUCGAGACCUCGCCCAGAUCCUGAGGAGAGCCGGGAACACGCUGAGACUGAGCAUCACACCGAGACACCACUCGUCCCCUCUGUCAGAGGCAGCAGAUCUGGAUAUGGACGGCCGGUUGAUGAAAGGAUCCAGAGGGAGGUCAAAGGACGAGGCCAGGUUCUACAACGUGGAUCUGGAGCGAGGUCCUACAGGUUUCGGUUUCUCUCUGAGGGGGGGCAGCGAGUACAACAUGGGACUCUAUGUUCUGGGACUGAUGGAGGGGGGGCCGGCCCAACGCAGCAACAAGAUACAGGUGUCGGACCAGCUGGUGGAGAUAAACGGAGACAGUACAUCGGGGAUGACUCACAGUCAGGCUGUGGAGCAGAUCAGGAGGGGGGGACACCGAAUCCACCUCAUCCUCAAGAAAGGAAACGGCUACGUGCCCGACUACGGCCCUGAGGAAGGAGCCCUCUCCCCCUCCUCCUCUUCACACACAGAGGAGACACAUGUGGAAACAGUAACCGUGACAACCGCCUCCCUCGGCCAGCAGCAGAGGGGAGGAGGUGGUACAGAAGGAGUAGGAGUAGGAGGAGGAGGAGGAGGAGGAGAGAGGAGGAAGACGAGGAGAGAGGGAGAAACCAAACGAAGAACAACAGGAGGAAGAGGAGGGCUAGGGCCUCCUGAUUUGGACCUAGACGCGGUGGAGAAGGAGGCACGAGAGGAAGAGGAGGAGGAGGAGGAGAGGAGGAGAAGCCAGACUGUCAGGCAGAAGGGGAAGCGGGAGAACCAGAGGGAGCAGGGGAGGAGGAGCAGAAGCUUACCCAGGAUCAGUGCUCGAUCCUGGGACGCGUUGCUUCCACCUGAGGGGGUGGAGGUGGAGGCGGAGGAGAGGAGGAGGAGGAGCGAGACGAAGAGCAGGAGGAAGGCGACAGCGGGCAACAGAGAGGGGGAGGAGAGGCGGGAGAGAGGCGACAGCACCGCCCGCCGCGCAAAGCAUUCUGGGAGUUCCGGUGCGCCUCAGAAGGCCGUGUUUUCUUUCCUCAUGCCGAGGGACGACGAGAGCGAAUUCGACAGCGAAUCAGCAGCCAGCUUCUCAGAGGUCAGCCAAUCGGCAGCCAGCGUCGCCACGGCCGCCGGGUGGAGGGAGGAGUCCGACUGGAGGAGAGCCGAGUCGCCUUGGCAACAGGGGAAUGCCCCGGGCCCCUGGCUGAAGCCGAGCCCACAGAAACUGACAAAAGUUUUGAUUGGCUGUCGGCUCGGUGGGCGGGAAGCUCUCUCUCUCUGAUUGGCUCACAGCGAGGACAUUCUCAUUUUCUCUUUCGCUGAUAUACUUUAGUGGCUACUUAUAAGGGCUUUUUUGAUUGGCCUGCUCACAGAAGACCCGCCUUUGCCUGCGUCUUAUUGGAUGACAGCAGACAUUUUCCAUUUCCUGCUUGAAGGAUUAAAAAGCAAGCAGACAAGGACUUGUUUUUGAUUGGCUGGUGGGUGGGUUUUGAGGCCUCUGAUUGGCCAAUGACAUCACAGCUGCACACACAGCCGCCGAAUUAACCAAGAAUAUUGCUUUCAUUUUACCCAUCAUCCCUCAGUGCAUCCUGAGACCUGUACCAUGAAGCCAUGGCGACAUGUUGCUGUUCCUAAUGCUAGAUUUGAUUUAUCAAAGACGCUAGCAAAGCAACACGGGACAGAAAAUAAUCACAGCAGAGACCACAGACAGGUCGGACCUCCGUGUUUAACUAAUCUAAACGUUACAGUUACGGCUGAAAAUGACAACAGAAAUAAACAAGUUAGCAGAUUUCACAUAUCUCUGUAAUUCAAAUGAACUGCCAUUUGUCCACCAGGAAGGGAUGUUUGUGUCAGCGCGACGUCACGGAGACUCGAUCUCUGGUAACAGAGACACACACAAGACACACCUUCCCGUUGGAGUAAUGGAGAUAGAAAUACAGUGUUUCCUUUAGGAUUUUUUUUUUUUAGCAGUGGGGGCAGGUCUGUCCGAACCAUAGCCUGUAUAAUAUUAAUGGACAAAG